UUGCAGUUUUUAAUCACAUUUUGGUCUGCCUAUAGCAAAACAGAUCCAAAUUCAGCAACAAAAGCCAAGGUCAAACGAAGGCAAAAAUAAGGUUUUCCAUGGAAGGGGAAGCUGGUUCAUACGAGGACGUUAAGCCAAACGUCGUCGCUAAACAAAGUAAUGGCGAUGUUGUCGGGGAUAAUGGUGUUGGAAAUCUGGGAUCCGUUGAAGCCCCUGAUUUUCUUUCCAAGAAAAAUUUCCAGAACUGUUCCGUGGCAACUCCUGCAUCUGGACUGAAUUCCACUAGCCCUGCUCCAUCUCAACUAACCAUCUUCUAUGAUGGACACGUUUGUGUGUUUGAUGCAAUUCCUGUGGAAAAGGUGCGGGAGAUUAUGCUUAUUGCUGCAACUGGUGCUGCUAACUCUGUUGACAUGAAGAAAGUUGCAACUGAUUGUGCCACCACCUCACCUGUUCUUACGAGGUCUCCUUCGCUUCAAAGUACUGCUACUGCAACUGCUCUGGCUUCACCACAGGCACAGGUGUAUCCUACUAACAGGACCCCUUUCUGCAAACUGAAAGAACUACCAAUUGCAAGGAGACACUCCCUUCAGCGAUUUUUUGAGAAGCGGCGGGACAGGCUGGUGAACAGGAAUCCAUAUCCUAAUCCAUCAACACCAAAAUCAUUUGAUGACACCAAAGCUAACCUCAGUGCUGCAACUUCAUCAGAAUCGGGUUGCUUUGGUAAAUCACCUGUUGCUCAAGAAGAAUUCCAUCCAAAAGCUCCAGCUCAUGUUGCAUAAGUUAAGCAUAUACGAAUCCCUAUAUAUAUUUGAUAAAAACUAAACUAGCUGUGUUAUUAUUGUGAAAUGCAAACUGAACUAGGAUAAUGACUUUGAUCUGUCGGUGGAGUUGAUGUUGUUUGCAAGUGUACAACUUAAAGUAGGUCUCAUGGUAGGUUUGCUAUUGUUUGCCAUGAGAGUGUUGUCUAAAUGUAGAAUCAAUUCUCUUGUUCUCCUAUUGCCUCUAGGGGGCCGUUGUGAUGUCUUUUAAACCUAGGCACCAUGUCUAUAUUCUUUCUGCCAAUUAACAAACUAAGCUAUCUAGGAUCUGCUAUGUAUGUAUCUUCACCUUGGUUGUUUCUAUCUGUUAUUUUCGUAAGUGAAGACUGAUGAUUUGUGCGA